AUGGCUAGCAGCAAUACUAUUGAAUCGCUCAUAGGAACAUGGGAUCAUGUUCGCAGUGAAAAUUUAGAUGAUUUCUUGAAAGAGGUGGGUGUUCCUAUGCUUAUUCGUAUGAUGGCAACACGUUCGAAUCCACGUGUAGUAAUCAGUGAAAAAGAUGGUGUCUGGACAAUACGUACUGAAACAGCAUUAAAAACUCAAACAAGUACUUUUACUCCUGGUGUUGAAUUUACAGAUACCACUCCUGGUGGACAGCAAGUACAGACACUUAUUGUUUUUGAAAAUGGAACUUGGAUUCAGAAAAUAACAGACACGAAAGUAAAGGAAACGGUUGUAAAACGUUUUGUUAAUGACGAAGGACUACAACAAGUGGAAAUGACUUGUGGUCCGGCGAAAGCAUGUCGUUGGUUCAAGCGGGCGAACUAA